AUGAAGGACAUCUUGUUUCAUUACCAUGCAUCACCUACUGGUGGACAUGUUGGCGGAGCAAGGACUGCUGCAAAGGUCCUUGAAUGUGGAUUUUAUUGGCCUACUCUGUAUAAAGACAACUAUGACUAUGUGAAACACUGUGAUCGUUGUCAAAGGUCAAAUGGGCAAGCGAAAGUGUCAAAUCGUGAGAUUAAGUUGAUUUUAGAGAAGACGGUGCAAGUUAAUAGAAAGUAUUGGUCAAAUAAGCUCGAUGAUGCGUUAUGGGUUUAUCAGACAGCUUUUAAAACGCCAAUUGGUACGUCUCCCUACCGUCUUCUAUAUGGUAAAGCUUGUCACUUGCCAUUUGAACUGGAGCAUAGGGCGCAGUGGGCGUUAAAAAAGUUGAAUUUCAAUCUGGUCGCUACAAAAGCAUUAAGGCUAGCUCAACUGAAUGAGCUAGAUGAAUUGCGCCAUGAUUCCUACGAGAAUGCAAGAAUCUACAAAAAGAAGACAAAGAAAUGGCAUGACAAUAAUAUUGUAAAUCGGACUUUUCAAGUGGGCGAUAAGGUGCUGUUAUUUAAUUCCCGUCUCAAGUUAUUUUCGGGAAAAUUAAAGUCUCGAUGGUCGGGGCCAUUCAUUGUUACAAAAGUCUUUCCAUACGGGGCGUUGGAGAUUCAACAAGGUGAUUCUUCGCCGUUUAAAAUUAAUGGACAGCGGGUGAAGCAUUACUAUGGAGGCGAAAUUGAGAAGAAGGUCAAUAUUACACUGGUGGAUUCUUAA